CGUGUGAUCCCGUUUAGUCCGCAGUGCUAUUGAUGGUGUGUUAUUGUUUGACAAUUUUUUUAUUUUGAAAAUUUUGUUGAAAGUGUGUAAAAUUUGUUGCUGUUUGUGAAACAAAAAUUUUGCUGUCUGUACAACUGCGUUGGUGAAUGGAGAUUUAUUGCAAAAUAGUACUACGAGACCAAUUCUGAAGUUUAUGGAAAUUACAUCGUCAGCAGAUCCCGCUGGCCGCCCGCGUAUUUUUUUGAAAAUUACUUUCGAGUCCGAACAACAGUGCGCGCCGUAUCCAGGCGCCAAAAUUUCAUCCUGAUGACUAUGGCAGAGUUGCUUCAACAUGAGUGCAAGCGGGAGAAUAACAACCACCCGCUGGCCGCUGAUCACAACACGAUUUUGGCCCAUGAUUCCAUCAUAUCUCACCAUGAUUUGGACAAUGUAUCAAUGACACCCAUACCACAAGUAAAACAACAGAGAAAACGUAAAAGGUUGUCUCAGGUUUUGGAUAAAUUGACGUUGGCCACGACGCAACAUCUCAACAAUAAUAAUAUAGCUAGUGCUAAUAAUAACAAUGUGGAACCUUCUGAUGCUGAAGAUUCGAAUCCAGGUGGAUACAGUCCUGGCAUUGUCAAGACGGAACCGUGUGCUUGCAUUCAUUGUGCCAGAGGUAUACAUCAUUCCUUGGCACAAAUGCGUUUUGGCAAUCCCUACGACAGAUACUUUCCAGCACCGUCUCCUUACAGUUUCGAAUAUUAUCUGCAUUCGAAAUAUAUUGCAACUGGUUUCUGCGAAUCACCACCACAAGAGCAUCCCCUGGAUUUAUCUGUGAAAAAUACUAAGCUCAUGAACUCAUACGCAUCUCCUGUGAUAGUCAGAGGGGAUGUAGCAUCUCCCACCACCAAACAAUCAGUCGCAACCAGGUACCAUUUAGAAGUAUCACCAGUAGUCGAGGAAAUGCCUCCAGGCUCCGACGUCGCUUACGUAUGUCCAGUUUGCGGCCAGAUGUUCAGUCUCCACGAUCGGUUGGCGAAACACAUGGCUUCCAGGCACAAGAGAAAAGCUACUGCGGAUUCAUCAUCAGGGGGAACUCCGACUCCAGCAAAAGCUUAUCUGUGCGAAGUCUGCAGAAGAUCUUUUGCCAGAAGUGAUAUGCUGACAAGACACAUGCGUCUGCACACCGGUGUUAAGCCUUAUACUUGCAAAGCCUGUGGGCAAGUAUUCUCGAGGAGUGACCACUUGAGCACCCACCAAAGGACACAUACAGGAGAAAAGCCUUACAAGUGUCCUCAGUGUCCUUAUGCAGCUUGCAGAAGGGACAUGAUCACACGCCAUAUGCGAACUCAUGCCAGAUACGAGAACGGAGGCAAUGGUAAUAAUGGGAACAUGACUGUCCAAGUUGUUGCUUCGACAACUUCGCCUGUCGACAGUAAAGCUGGUAUAGUUAUGCCACAAAUUGCAUCUUACAUAAAAACGGAACAGUGA